AUAGCCAGGUUCGGUCCCUGCCCCCGGCGGCCGCCGGCUGGGAGCACCGCCGUCGCCAGCCAGAGGAGAGCGAUGCGGGGGCCCAAGCGGCAGCUCGAACAGUAAUGUGGAUUUACAGUCGUUUCCCGCAGGAACCGGCUGAGACGCCUGAAGUCCCAGGCACCGGCUGCGCCCGGCGGGGCUGAGCACCUGGCGAGGGGGCGGAGGACCGCACCUGGGGACGCCACCGAAACUUGCGCCUGGACUAGGUAGGAAUUACAAGGGUGACCUUUAUUCAGCUGUCUCCUUUUUGAUUCCCGUAACUUCUGGAUCUAUCAAGGACUGCUUACAUUAAAGGAGUUCCUCUUCCUUCAUUUCAUGAAAUUGAGCUUGCUUAAUCAGACAUGGAGCAAACAGACUGUAAACCCUACCAGCCUCUCUCAAAAGUCAAACAUGAAAUGGAUCUAGCUUAUACCAGUUCUUCUGAUGAAAGUGAAGAUGGACGAAAACCAAGACAGUCAUACAACUCCAGAGAAACUCUGCAUGAGUAUAACCAAGAGCUGAGGAUGAAUUACAAUAGCCAGAGCAGGAAGAGGAAAGAAGUGGAGAAAUCUACUCAAGAGAUGGAAUUCUGUGAAGCUCCUCACGCUCUGUGUUCUGGCUACCAGACAGACAUGCACAGUGUUCCUCGGCACGGGUACCAACUAGAGAUGGGCUCUGAUGUGGACACAGAGACCGAAGGUGCGGCCUCACCUGAUCACGCUCUGAGAAUGUGGAUACGGGGGAUGAAAUCAGAGCAUAGUUCCUGUUUGUCCAGCCGGGCCAAUUCUGCACUGUCCUUGACUGAUACAGACCAUGAAAGGAAGUCGGAUGGGGAGAAUGGUUUUAAAUUCUCUCCAGUUUGUUGCGACAUGGAGGCUCAAGCUGGGUCUACUCAAGACAUGCAGAGCAGCCCGCACAACCAGUUCACCUUCAGACCCCUCCCGCCGCCGCCGCCGCCUCCGCAUGCGUGCACCUGUGCCAGGAAGCCGCCCCCUGCAGCCGACUCUCUUCAGAGGAGAUCAAUGACCACCCGCAGCCAGCCCAGCCCAGCUGCUCCACCUCCCCCAACCAGUACACAGGAUUCGGUUCAUCUGCAUAACAGCUGGGUCUUGAAUAGCAACAUACCCUUGGAGACCAGGCAUUUCCUGUUUAAACAUGGAUCUGGUUCCUCGGCUAUCUUCAGUGCAGCCAGUCAGAACUACCCGCUGACGUCCAAUACCGUGUACUCGCCCCCUCCCAGGCCACUUCCUCGAAGCACCUUUUCCAGACCUGCCUUUACCUUUAACAAACCUUACAGGUGCUGCAACUGGAAGUGCACGGCCUUGAGCGCCACUGCAAUCACGGUGACUUUGGCCUUGUUGCUAGCCUAUGUGAUUGCAGUACAUUUGUUCGGCCUGACUUGGCAGUUGCAACCAGUUGAAGGACAGCUCUAUGAAAAUGGAGUUAGCAAAGGGAACAGAGGGACCGAAUCCGUGGAUACUACUUACUCUCCAAUUGGAGGAAAAGUUUCCGAUAAAUCAGAGAAAAAAGUGUUUCAGAAGGGACGUGCGAUAGACACUGGAGAAGUUGACAUUGGUGCACAGGUCAUGCAGACCAUUCCACCUGGCUUAUUCUGGCGUUUCCAGAUUACUAUCCACCAUCCUAUAUAUCUGAAAUUCAAUAUUUCUUUAGCCAAGGACUCUCUGCUGGGAAUUUAUGGCAGAAGAAACAUUCCACCUACACACACUCAGUUUGAUUUUGUAAAACUGAUGGAUGGAAAACAACUGGUCAAGCAGGACUCCAAGGGCUCUGAUGAUACCCAGCACUCGCCUCGGAACCUGAUCUUAACUUCACUGCAGGAGACCGGUUUCAUAGAGUAUAUGGACCAAGGGCCUUGGUAUCUGGCAUUUUACAAUGAUGGAAAAAAGAUGGAACAGGUGUUUGUGUUAACCACAGCAAUCGAAAUAAUGGAUGACUGCUCAACCAAUUGCAAUGGAAAUGGAGAGUGUAUCUCUGGCCAUUGUCAUUGUUUUCCAGGAUUCCUUGGGCCUGACUGUGCAAGAGAUUCGUGCCCUGUGCUGUGUGGCGGGAAUGGAGAAUACGAGAAAGGACACUGCGUCUGCCGAAAUGGCUGGAAGGGGCCAGAGUGCGACGUUCCAGAAGAGCAAUGCAUCGACCCAACAUGCUUCGGUCACGGCACCUGCAUCAUGGGAGUCUGCAUCUGUGUGCCAGGCUACAAAGGAGAAAUAUGCGAGGAAGAGGACUGCUUAGACCCAAUGUGUUCCAGCCAUGGCAUCUGUGUAAAAGGAGAAUGUCACUGUUCUACUGGUUGGGGAGGAGUCAACUGUGAAACCCCACUUCCUAUUUGUCAAGAGCAGUGCUCAGGACACGGGACUUUUCUUCUGGACACUGGAGUGUGCAGCUGUGAUCCCAAGUGGACAGGAUCUGACUGCUCAACAGAGCUCUGUACUAUGGAGUGUGGUAGCCAUGGAGUCUGCUCAAGAGGAAUUUGCCAGUGUGAAGAAGGCUGGGUAGGACCAACAUGUGAAGAACGCUCUUGUCAUUCUCACUGUGCCGAGCAUGGCCAGUGUAAAGAUGGAAAAUGUGAGUGUAGCCCUGGAUGGGAGGGCGACCACUGCACAAUUGCUCACUACUUAGAUGCUGUCCGAGAUGGCUGUCCAGGGCUCUGCUUCGGAAAUGGGCGAUGUACCCUGGAUCAAAAUGGUUGGCACUGUGUGUGUCAGGUGGGUUGGAGUGGGACAGGCUGCAAUGUUGUCAUGGAAAUGCUUUGUGGAGAUAACUUGGACAAUGAUGGAGAUGGUUUGACAGACUGUGUGGACCCCGAUUGUUGUCAACAAAGCAACUGUUACAUAAGUCCUCUCUGUCAGGGCUCACCAGAUCCUCUUGACCUCAUUCAGCAAAGCCAACCCCUCUUCUCUCAGCAUACCUCAAGACUCUUCUAUGAUCGAAUUAAAUUCCUCAUUGGCAAAGACAGUACUCACGUCAUUCCUCCAGAGAUCUCAUUUGACAGCAGGCGUGCUUGUGUGAUCCGAGGCCAAGUGGUGGCCAUAGAUGGAACCCCUCUAGUAGGGGUGAAUGUUAGUUUCUUGCACCACAGUGAUUAUGGGUUUACCAUCAGCCGGCAAGAUGGAAGCUUCGACCUUGUAGCCAUUGGUGGUAUUUCUGUCAUCUUAAUCUUUGAUCGAUCACCUUUCCUGUCUGAGAAGAGGACACUCUGGUUGCCUUGGAAUCAGUUCAUUGUGGUAGAGAAAGUAACCAUGCAGAGGGUUGUAUCAGACCCACCAUCCUGUGACAUCUCCAACUUUAUCAGCCCAAACCCUAUUGUGCUUCCUUCACCACUCACAUCAUUUGGAGGGUCCUGCCCAGAGAGGGGAACUAUUGUUCCUGAGCUGCAGGUUGUACAGGAGGAGAUUCCCAUUCCUUCCAGCUUUGUGAGGCUGAGUUACCUGAGCAGCCGCACCCCUGGGUAUAAAACCCUGCUCCGGAUCCUUCUGACACAUUCGACCAUUCCAGUGGGAAUGAUAAGAGUACACCUCACUGUGGCUGUGGAAGGACGGCUCACACAGAAGUGGUUUCCUGCUGCAAUUAAUCUCAUCUACACAUUUGCUUGGAAUAAGACCGACAUCUAUGGACAGAAGGUUUGGGGCCUGGCAGAGGCUUUGGUAUCUGUGGGAUAUGAAUAUGAAACAUGCCCUGACUUUAUCCUCUGGGAGAAAAGGACAGUCAUCUUACAAGGCUUUGAGAUGGAUGCUUCUAACCUAGGAGGCUGGUCAUUGAAUAAGCAUCAUAUUCUGAAUCCUCAAAGUGGAAUCAUCCAUAAAGGGAAUGGAGAAAAUAUGUUCAUUUCCCAGCAGCCCCCAGUUAUAUCAACCAUAAUGGGUAAUGGACACCAGCGGAGUGUAGCCUGUACCAACUGCAAUGGCCCAGCUCACAACAACAAACUCUUUGCUCCUGUUGCCUUAGCUUCUGGCCCUGAUGGUAGUGUGUAUGUUGGCGACUUUAAUUUUGUAAGACGAAUAUUUCCCUCGGGAAACUCCGUUAGUAUUUUGGAAUUAAGAAACAGAGAUACCAGACAUAGCACAAGUCCUGCUCACAAAUACUAUCUGGCUAUGGACCCUAUGUCUGAAUCACUUUAUCUAUCAGACACCAAUACUCGAAAAGUCUACAGGUUGAAAUCUCUUGUGGAAGCGAAAGAUCUGUCCAAGAAUUUUGAAGUGGUGGCAGGAACAGGUGAUCAGUGCCUUCCCUUUGACCAGAGUCACUGUGGAGAUGGCGGAAAAGCAUCGGAAGCUUCACUGAACAGCCCUCGAGGCAUCACAGUGGAUAGGCAUGGAUUCAUUUACUUUGUGGAUGGGACCAUGAUUCGGAGAAUUGAUGAGAAAGCGGUGAUCACAACUGUAAUCGGCUCAAACGGUCUGACAUCCACACAGCCAUUGAGCUGUGACUCGGGAAUGGACAUCACUCAGGUGCGAUUAGAGUGGCCAACAGACCUUGCAGUCAAUCCCAUGGACAAUUCAUUGUAUGUCUUGGAUAACAACAUUGUGCUGCAAAUUUCUGAAAACAGGCGUGUGCGGAUCAUUGCAGGGCGCCCCAUUCACUGCCAGGUGCCAGGCAUCGAUCAUUUCUUGGUCAGCAAGGUGGCAAUUCACUCCACUCUGGAGUCAGCCAGGGCCAUCAGCGUCUCCCACAGCGGGCUGCUCUUCAUAGCUGAAACAGACGAGAGGAAAGUAAACCGCAUUCAGCAAGUCACCACCAACGGAGAGAUCUCCAUCAUAGCUGGUGCCCCUACUGACUGUGACUGCAAAAUUGAUCCCAACUGUGACUGUUUUUCAGGUGAUGGUGGCUAUGCCAAAGAUGCAAAGAUGAAAGCCCCCUCCUCCUUGGCAGUGUCGCCUGAUGGUACCCUAUACGUCGCAGACCUUGGGAAUGUUCGAAUUCGUACCAUUAGCAGGAACCAAGCCCACCUGAAUGACAUGAACCUUUACGAGAUCGCUUCACCUGCCGACCAAGAGCUCUACCAGUUCACUGUCAAUGGAACCCACCUGCACACCUUGAACUUGAUAACAAGGGACUAUGUAUAUAAUUUCACCUAUAAUGCCGAAGGUGACUUAGGUGCAGUUACCAGCAGCAAUGGCAACUCUGUGCACAUUCGCCGUGACGCAGGCGGGAUGCCCCUUUGGCUUGUGGUGCCUGGCGGGCAGGUGUACUGGCUGACCAUAAGCAGCAAUGGAGUCCUGAAAAGAGUGUCAGCCCAAGGCUAUAAUCUGGCCUUGAUGACCUAUCCAGGAAACACGGGGCUUUUGGCUACCAAAAGUAAUGAAAAUGGAUGGACAACUGUUUACGAGUAUGACCCCGAGGGACAUCUGACCAAUGCAACGUUUCCCACCGGAGAGGUCAGCAGCUUCCACAGUGACCUAGAGAAGCUGACAAAAGUGGAACUAGAUACUUCCAGCCGUGAAAAUGUCCUCAUGUCAACCAACUUGACAGCAACUAGUACCAUAUAUAUUUUAAAACAAGCUAUGGGGGCUGAAACCCAAAUAAAAUCACACCGUUCUCAAAGUUCACGUAGCAACAUUGGACCACAUCUCUAUGGGAGCGAAAACACCCAGAGUACCUAUCGGGUGAGCCCGGACGGCUCCCUACGUGUGACCUUUGCCAGCGGGAUGGAGAUCAGCCUCAGCUCAGAGCCCCACAUCUUGGCCGGGGCGGUCAACCCCACCCUGGGCAAAUGCAACAUCUCCCUGCCCGGAGAGCACAAUGCGAACCUCAUCGAGUGGCGGCAGCGCAAGGAACAAAACAAAGGCAACAUUUCAGCUUUUGAAAGGAGACUGAGGGCCCAUAACCGAAACCUGCUCUCCAUAGAUUUUGAUCAUAUAACUCGCACGGGAAAGAUCUACGAUGACCACCGGAAAUUCACCCUUCGAAUUCUUUAUGACCAGACUGGACGACCUAUUCUGUGGUCUCCUGUAAGCAGAUAUAAUGAAGUGAACAUCACAUACUCACCUUCGGGAUUGGUGACGUUUAUUCAGAGAGGGACGUGGAAUGAAAAAAUGGAAUAUGACCAGAGUGGAAAAAUAAUUUCGAGAACUUGGGCUGAUGGCAAAAUUUGGAGCUAUACCUACUUAGAAAAGUCUGUGAUGCUUCUGUUACAUAGCCAGCGGCGCUACAUCUUUGAGUUCGACCAGUCGGAUUGUCUGCUCUCAGUCACCAUGCCGAGUAUGGUCCGCCACAGCCUGCAAACCAUGCUUUCAGUGGGCUACUACCGAAACAUCUACACCCCGCCAGACAGUAGCACCUCUUUUAUCCAAGACUAUAGUCGAGAUGGCCGACUGCUACAGACCCUGCAUCUGGGAACAGGGCGCAGAGUUUUAUACAAAUACACCAAGCAAGCAAGGCUGUCUGAGAUUCUCUAUGAUACCACUCAGGUCACAUUAACAUAUGAAGAGUCUUCUGGAGUCAUCAAGACAAUACACCUGAUGCACGAUGGCUUCAUUUGCACAAUCAGAUAUAGGCAAACAGGACCUCUUAUUGGACGCCAGAUCUUCAGAUUCAGCGAAGAAGGACUGGUGAAUGCUCGGUUUGACUACAGCUACAACAACUUCCGAGUCACCAGCAUGCAAGCUGUGAUCAAUGAAACCCCUUUGCCCAUAGAUCUGUACCGAUAUGUAGAUGUUUCCGGUAGAACAGAGCAGUUUGGAAAAUUCAGUGUCAUUAAUUAUGAUUUAAAUCAGGUCAUAACUACUACAGUGAUGAAGCACACUAAGAUCUUCAGUGCCAACGGACAAGUUAUUGAAGUCCAAUAUGAAAUCCUAAAGGCCAUUGCCUACUGGAUGACUAUUCAAUAUGAUAAUAUGGGGCGUAUGGUAAUAUGUGAUAUAAGAGUGGGAGUAGAUGCCAACAUAACAAGAUACUUCUAUGAAUAUGAUGCUGAUGGGCAACUUCAAACUGUUUCUGUAAAUGACAAAACCCAGUGGCGUUAUAGUUAUGAUCUGAAUGGAAACAUCAACCUCUUAAGCCAUGGGAAUAGUGCUCGUCUUACUCCUCUCCGAUAUGACCUCCGAGACCGCAUCACCAGACUAGGAGAAAUUCAGUAUAAAAUGGAUGAAGAUGGCUUUCUGAGGCAGAGGGGAAACGACAUAUUUGAAUAUAAUUCUAAUGGUCUGCUGCAGAAAGCCUACAAUAAGGCUUCUGGCUGGACUGUGCAGUAUUACUAUGAUGGGCUUGGGCGACGUGUCGCCAGUAAGUCAAGCCUAGGGCAGCACCUUCAGUUCUUUUAUGCAGACCUUGCCAACCCCAUAAGAGUUACUCAUUUGUACAACCACACAAGCUCAGAGAUUACAUCCCUGUAUUAUGAUCUCCAGGGUCACCUUAUUGCCAUGGAGCUAAGCAGUGGUGAAGAAUAUUAUGUAGCUUGUGAUAAUACAGGCACCCCACUGGCUGUGUUCAGCAGUCGAGGUCAGGUGAUAAAAGAGAUAUUGUACACACCUUAUGGGGAUAUCUAUCAUGACACUUACCCUGACUUUCAGGUCAUCAUUGGUUUUCAUGGAGGACUCUAUGAUUUGCUCACUAAAUUAGUGCACCUGGGGCAAAGAGAUUAUGAUGUUGUUGCUGGCAGGUGGACAACGCCUAAUCAUCACAUAUGGAAACAGUUGAACCUCCUUCCUAAACCAUUCAACCUCUACUCCUUUGAAAAUAACUACCCAGUUGGCAAAAUUCAAGAUGUUGCCAAGUAUACCACAGACAUUGGAAGUUGGUUGGAGCUGUUUGGUUUCCAGUUACACAAUGUUCUACCUGGAUUUCCCAAACCAGAAUUAGAAAAUCUGGAAUUAACUUAUGAGCUGCUACAGCUUCAGACAAAAACUCAAGAGUGGGAUCCUGGAAAGACUAUUCUAGGUAUUCAGUGUGAGCUCCAGAAACAGCUCAGGAAUUUCAUUUCCUUGGACCAACUUCCUAUGACUCCCCGAUACAAUGAUGGACGGUGCCUUGAAGGAGGGAAGCAACCAAGGUUUGCUGCUGUUCCUUCUGUUUUUGGAAAAGGUAUAAAAUUCGCCAUCAAGGAUGGCAUAGUAACAGCGGAUAUUAUUGGAGUAGCAAAUGAAGAUAGCAGGAGGCUUGCUGCCAUUCUCAAUAAUGCUCAUUACCUGGAAAACCUGCAUUUUACCAUAGAAGGGAGGGACACUCACUACUUCAUUAAGCUUGGGUCUCUGGAGGAAGACCUGGUGCUCAUCGGUAACACUGGGGGGAGGCGGAUUCUAGAGAACGGUGUCAAUGUCACUGUGUCCCAGAUGACUUCCGUGUUGAAUGGGAGGACUAGACGGUUUGCGGAUAUCCAGCUCCAGCACGGGGCUCUGUGCUUUAACAUCCGGUAUGGGACAACUGUCGAAGAGGAAAAGAAUCACGUGUUGGAGAUUGCCAGACAGCGCGCUGUGGCCCAGGCCUGGACUAAGGAACAGAGGAGGCUGCAAGAAGGGGAGGAGGGUAUUCGAGCAUGGACAGAGGGGGAAAAGCAACAGCUUUUGAGCACCGGGAGGGUACAAGGUUAUGAUGGGUAUUUUGUUUUGUCUGUUGAGCAGUAUUUAGAACUUUCUGACAGUGCCAACAAUAUUCACUUUAUGAGACAGAGCGAAAUAGGCAGGAGGUAACAAAAAAAAUCUCUGCCUUUGCGUCACCAAAGACUGCCUGUUUUUAAAACAUAAAAUGGUUUAUUGUAUUGGUUUUCUAGAUCAGAACUCUGUAUAUGUAAAUAUGGAGGAAAAACAUAUCCAACUGCCUUUCAAUGUGACGGAAGAUGGUAUUUUAAUAUUGUUUGUUUAAACUCUUUAAGAAAUGACAGAGAUUUUUAGUUCUUGUGUGGCAGUAUUCAAAAUAACACAAGUAAAACAGCUAAAAAAAGUUUUCAGAAAGCACCACUUUAAAUUUGAGGAGCCAUGCAUUUAUGUUCAAAUAUAAAGGACCCAAGGUUCUCUAUCUCUAUUGUUACACGAAAUUUCACGUUUAAAUGUUGGCAGAACUUGUGGGUUAUUUGAAAAUGUGGUGCAACAGUAUUCUGAACCUUGCAUUUCGAAAGACUGCCAGCCCUUUCACAUUUUCCAGAUCUGUUAUGGGAAACUUACAAAGAAGUGUAAAAUGUCCUCAGCCACCAUCUCCCAGAGUCAGGACCCAUUUGCCCUUCCUCCCUGAUUAUUCCUCCUUGCUUGUUAAAGUAAAUGCCAUGUUGUUGUGCUGUGUUUUGGCGUGCGGUGGCUGGGGUCGGCCUACCACGCUUCCCUGUGGGUGUGGUAACCAGACUGAAAGGCCACUAUUUGCUUGUGUGUACAUGAUACCAAGGCAGCUGGCCAGUGUAACUUCUCCCACAAAACCCGUUUUGACUACAUUUUUUUUUUUUAACCAAAUCGUAAGCAUAGCUUUUAUUGACCUGGGUAGGAAGUUCUCCUUUAUAUAUAGGGUGUGUUUUGGUUAGAGUUUCACAAUAGUCAUUCUGUAUUGAUACACUAAUCCAAUGGUUGUGUGCACACAAAAGGUAAUUUACUACAAAUGAUUCUGCUAGAAAAAAAUAAGAGGCUUUAGCAGGCAUACAUGCCUGGGAUACCAGUAAAUAUGUUCACUACUAGUGCAGAAAUUCACAAGAGCCAAAACCUUUAUAAAAACAGACCUAGUAGUAAGACAAAAGGAAAGUACCAAAGGGAAGACCAAACCAAACAUCACAGUAGUCGUCGCCACAUUGACUCAUAAAUGAUUUAUCCUUCAAAUGUACAAUUCUGUAUUGAACAUCUCCCAGCCACAGUCAAGAAAUCUAAUUAAGCGAACCCUUUCCGAUCUAAAACAUUUCAGCUCAUUAUAGAGAGGCAGACUGUUUUUUACUAAAAUAAUUUUUAUGGUCCGUUAUUUUAGUUCUCUGUCUCUACCCAUUUAUUUUGAUUUAAUCAACUGUCCUGCCUGGGAAAAUAACUAUUUUCCAGGAAGGGUUAUUUUGUUCCAUGAUCAGUUAAACUUUGGAAAAAGACCAGGAUUAGUGGUAACAUCAGCUGCAGUUUCUCAAUCUUUAUGAAUCCUAAAGUAAAAAGAAGCCCCUUGGUGAGUUGUGAGAUUUGUGCCCAGCGACAAAGAGACAGUUGGUAAAAACGCUGUGUAAUUCUAAGUUACCACAAAUGAAAAUACAUGACAGUACAAUGCGGCCUGUUGAAAAUUCCCCUGGGCCGGCUCCACCAUCUUUCAUCACUGAGUCUGCACAUUUGCUAUGUCUGAAGGAGAAUUUAUGAUGGAAUGUUACAGUUUGGACUCUUUCCAGCUACUACCUAAAUGCAGUGUGAGGUCAUUGCCUUGCUCUGUGAUGACAGUCUUCUCUGAAAAUAUGCAAUGUCAGAAUUCAGGCUCCCGUUAAGGUUUUUAAAGAGUCUGACUCCUUACUCCACCAAGCAGAAGGAGGGAAAGGCAAGGGCCUGCACACAGCACGAAAGGGUAGAUUCAAACAUUUAUUUCAUUUUCAAACACUUCACACUGGGAUUACACAUGUAUUCUGAGAGAAAGACAGAGAGAGAUAAUUCAUGAUAAACUCCUCUCUCUUUUUAAUUGGAAGCACACCAGCUCAGGCGAUUACUGAUACAGACUACAAUCAUAUUACUGUGUUGUUUGUUUUUCCCCCCACUCCUGAAUCAGGUCUGUGUUAGUGGUACAGUAUUUAUUCAGGACGGGAUUCUAAAAUUAUGAACAAACUUGUUGAAAAUUUGAAUACCUCCACACCAGCCUAAAAAUGGACCUUAAGUUCCUAGAACCUCUGAUGUUCUUUUAAAUCAAUGGAAAAAUAAUUUGCGAACUGUAUAUAGAGAGUGCAUUCAUAAAUGUGAUGAUGUAUUUUAUCACUAAUCUAAGAUGUCAAUAUUAGAGUCUAUUUUGCUUAUAUUUUAAGCAAUUAUUAUACUUUUUUGCAAUUCACUGAUGAUGAAUCAUUUUCGAACUGCUUUAAAUAUCCAUUAGAAACAAAUAUUUGAAGCUUUUACUUAAUAGUAAUUACCUUGAACUGUGCAUUUCUAGUUUGUAAUACAUAUUUAUUUAGUUUGUGCCUUUAGUUUCUUAAAGUUAUAUUUGUAUUAUAUUCAGGAAAUGCACUUUUUAUCACUUACAGUUGUGGUUUUAAUACUGCCUUGAACUACUGUUAUUCUCUUUACCACUUCCAAAGUUUUUGGGAGGAAAGAGAAAAAAACCCAAAAGGUUAGCACCAAUGAACAGUAAAUCUAAGAGAAACAUUUUGGCAUUUCUUAAUAAGAACAUGGAGAUACUGGGUACAUCGUUCAGCUGAGUACAAAGUAUGCCUUCAUCGUUUUGUAAUUCUGAAGUCUAACUUAAUGAAAGAACAAUUCGUUUGCAUUUCCUGGUGAAAGUAAAUGCAUCUUAAAGUGAAAUCGUUGAAUUUCUCAUACCCAGAGCACAGGCAGCUGACCCGGCACAGCCAGACACCAUUCAAAUACGUUCGAAUGAGAGCACCCUAGUUGGGGCUCUCGUGAAGAACAUUCUGGGUUGGAGGCAGGGAAUACUCUGUGGUGGUUUCUUUUUCCUAGUUAGGCCCAUUUUAUUUGUGCUGUUUUGUUUUGUUUCGUUUUGUUUUUCUCUUGCACUACGGUCUAGAGAUCCAAAUGAACUGCAAAGUUCGCAGCUUAACAUUGAAAUCCAUUUUUUUUAGUUCGCAGCUUAACAUUGAAAUCCAUUUUUUUUAGUUGUCAUUAUAAUCAUUAUUGAUUAGAAACAUGACUCCUGAAGGAAAGGGAAAUAAAGCCCAAUUCAUCCCAAUUUCUAGCAAAACACUUACCAUAUAAAUAAGCGUAUGUUUUAUUUUUAACCCAGCAAAAUAUUGUAUAAAAUAAGCGUGUCCUUUACUGUCAAUUUAUCUAGGAGAUCUAUAAUAUAUAGACUAUAUAUAUAUAAUAUAAUAUAUAUAAAACAUAGCCAAAUGUAUAAAAACUUGACAAUGUAUAAUUUGGAAUUCACAUGCUAACUAUGUAGAGAGGUAUAAAAUUGAAUGAUAAUUUUUCUAAGAUUUUUCUUUUUCAUAACUGUUAACACAGUUUCAAGCACUCUAUCAUGUUGUUCCUACUCUUUCUUUUCUUUCCUUUUUUUAAAAUCUAUUUUUAACCAGACCAAGCCCCACUGUAAUAUCACCUGAGAGAGUCAGGGUGAAGUUUUUGCAUUUAUAAAGAUACAUUCCUGUAAGGCGAUUGUAAUGGAAGCCAAAGUACAGUAAUCAAGUAUUGAAAGACACUUUGGCAGAGACUGGAGUGUAUCCUAGCUUGGGGAAAGACAGAAGGCUACAGAUUGGACGCAACAUUCUUGUUUUCUUGGAGGAACUCACAUACACAUAGCUGACCUGACUAGUACUUCAGAUCUCAGACUGCUCUUCCACAGCCUUCUGUAAGGUUCUUUAUUCUGCAAAAGAAAAACAAAAAAACAAAAAACAUAAAAAAAUUUAAAAAACACAAAAAAAUACAAAAAAGC